GAGAGCACGGCGGCUGACAAGAACGCGACGAGGAAGGAGGCGAUCGCAAUGGGGUACGCUAUCGCGAUUUCCUAGCCGCCGGGCGCCGGGUUAGGCCUAAAUCUCUAGCAAUGGCGGCGACAGUAUGGCGCCGCGCUCUCCCCCGGAUUCUAUCACUCUCGCCGACCAUCACAGCGACACCGGCGGCGAUCCAAUCGCAUCCCUGGGCGGCCGAUUGUCCAAGAAAGCUCCUGCCACUGGCGGCGCGCUGGGAUUCUCGCCGCUUCGUCCAGCUCGAGCCGAAGAUCGACGUCGACAACAAAGUGGAUCCAUUUGGUCUAGUGGCAGAGGAGAUGGCCCAGUUAGGGCGGCGGCUGCGCGACAUGGUCGCCGCCGAGGUCCCCAAGCUCGCGUCCGCCGCCGAGUACUUUUUCAAGCUGGGCGUGGAGGGCAAGCGCUUCCGGCCAAUGGUCCUCCUCCUCAUGUCCUCGUCUCUCACAAUGGUCCUCCCCAGCGCCGCCGCCGCUGCAGCCACCAGCGAUGAGAAGAACUGGCGCCAUCACAAGCUCGCGGAGAUCACCGAGAUGAUCCACGUCGCCAGCCUCCUCCACGACGACGUGCUUGACCACGCCGACACGCGCCGGGGGAUCGCCUCGCUCAACUUCAUCAUGGGCAACAAGCUCGCGGUCCUGGCCGGGGACUUCCUCCUCGCCCGCGCCGCCUUUAGCCUCUCCACGCUCCAGAACGACGAGGUGGUCGGCCUCAUGUCCAAAGUUCUCGAGCAUCUAGUCGCCGGAGAGGUGAUGCAGUGGACAGUGGACGCCGAGAAGAGCUCGAGCAUGGACUACUACCUCCAGAAGACCUUCUACAAGACGGCCUCGCUCAUCGCCAAUAGCUGCAAGUGCAUCGCCAUCCUGGCCGGGCACCCCAAGGAGGUGGCGGCGCUGGCCUUUGACUAUGGCCGCCACCUCGGUCUCGCCUAUCAGCUCGUCGACGAUCUCCUCGACUUCACGGGCACCAAGGCGUCGCUGGGGAAGCCCGCGCUCUCCGACUUGCGGGAGGGGAUUGCCACCGCGCCGGUGCUCUACGCGCUCGAGGAGCACCCGGCGCUACAGGAGCUCAUCGACCGGAAGUUCAAGGAUCCCGGGGACGUUGACAGUGCGCUCAAGAUGGUGCUGGCGAGCAGUGGGAUCCGCAAGACCAAGGAGCUGGCCAGGGAGCACGCGUCCAAGGCCGCCGAUGCAGUCGCGGCCUUUCCUCCCACGGCCUCGGACAAGGCGUCUUUGUGUCGUAGAGCGCUGACGGAGCUCACCGAGCAAGUAAUUACACGGUCCAAGUGAGUGGAUCGUAAGAACUUAAAUUCUUCUCCUUUUUCUUUGCAGUCGAGGAAGGAUGUGCUACGAAGCUGUGAAUUUAUCCGCUCGUUUUAACUGCGCAAAGUUACGAUCAAUAAGACGAUAUUACUUCUA